UCUCCCAUUUCUUAGGGUUUCUCAUCUCUGCUUUCCCCUCAACGUUUCGCCGGUCGGUGCGUUUCCCGGAAAAGCUCUUGAGAUUUUCCGACCAAAGCCCGACCGCGAUCGUUCCAUUUUCCUAUCUUCUAAACACCCCCGUAAUCCUUCCCGCCUUCAAGUCAUCAAUCCCCAGGCGCGGAGAAUCUCCUCGCCUUUCAAAUUCCUUGUCGAGAUUUGAAGGAUUGGUCUUGUUCAUCGGCGGAAAUGGCUAGUCACGGCGGCUCAUCCAGGAAAAGUUUGACUUUGUCCAUGCCAUCGCAGGGAAAGAAAAAAGCUUCUGAGAAUGGAGCUGGCCCCGAUAGCGCUCGAAAAUCUCUUGCCUCUGCUCGUUCCAUGGGACUGACUGGAGAGCGUACAGUGAAGAGAUUGCGACUGUCAAGGGCCCUGACAGUUCCUGACACCACAAGUAUUUAUGAAGCUUGCCGCCGCAUGGCUGCUCGUAGAGUUGAUGCCUUAUUGUUAACUGAUUCAAAUGCGUUACUUUGUGGAAUCCUUACAGACAAGGACAUAGCAACAAGAGUCAUUGCUCGUGAACUUAAUCUUGAGGAAACACCAGUCUCCAAAGUUAUGACAAGGAACCCAAUUUUUGUUCUUUCUGAUACUCUUGCUGUGGAAGCCCUGCAAAAGAUGGUGCAAGGAAAGUUCAGACAUUUGCCUGUUGUAGAGAAUGGGGAGGUCAUUGCUUUACUAGACAUAGCAAAGUGUUUAUAUGAUGCUAUUGCUCGAAUGGAGAGGGCAGCUGAAAAGGGAAAAGCCAUUGCUGCUGCUGUUGAAGGAGUUGAAAAAAAUUGGGGGACAUCUCUCUCUGGUCCUAGCACAUUCAUAGAGACACUUCGAGAGAGGAUGUUUAGGCCUGCUUUGUCCACGAUCAUCCCCGAGAAUUCAAAGGUUGUAACAGUCUCACCAACCGACACAGUUCUAACAGCAGCAAAGAAGAUGCUUGAACUUAAAUUAAGCUGUGCAGUCGUAGCAGUUGAAAACAGACCAAAGGGGAUUCUAACUUCAAAGGAUAUCCUGAUGCGGGUCAUAGCACAAAAUCUUCAUCCAGAAUCCACUCCAGUGGAGAAGGUCAUGACUCCAAAUCCAGAAUGUGCAACAAUUGAUACACCCAUUGUUGAUGCCCUACAUACCAUGCAUGAUGGGAAAUUUUUACACCUUCCUGUCAUUGAUAGAGAUGGUGGUGUAGUUGCUGUUGCUGAUGUAAUCCAUAUCACUCAUGCAGCUGUGGCUACAGUAAGUCAAGUGGGAGGCAAUGCUGGAGUUAAUAAUGAGGCUGCAAGCAGUCUGAUGCAGAAGUUCUGGGACUCAGCCAUGGCAUUAGGAACUGAUGAUGAUGAAGAAACACGGAGUGAGGGUUCCUUGAAAUUGGCUUCUGAAGGAACUGAAAUAGGGAGAACUCUUCCUUAUACUUCAUCAGCCAUGCAUAACACCUUUGCUUUCAAAAUUGAAGAUAAAAGAGGACGGAUGCAUAGGUUUACCUGUGAUACCCGGAGUUUGACAGACGUCAUAACUUCAAUCCUUCAGAGAGUGGGUGAUGACAUCGAUCGCAACAACCUGCCGCAAAUUCUGUAUGAAGAUGAAGACCAUGACAAAGUAGUACUCGCAUCAGAUAAUGAUCUUGUGGCAGCCAUGGAGCAUGCUAGGUUAGCAGGUUGGAAGGGUUUAAGACUACAUUUAGAUUACUCGGGGACCCGCCCUCUUAGAAGGGACUCUGGAACUGGAGGUUUGGAGUAUGCUCAGCGAGAAGCAUGGGCUUCUGCAUACAGUGCCGUUGCAGCAGGCGCCGCAUUUGUAGCUGGGAUGGGCUUAUUAGCCUACCUGAAGAGAUCCAGUAACUGAUUAUUGUUAAAUAUUUUAUCAGUUUUAUACAAUGAUUUUGCCGAAAAAGAAGCAGAUGAGUGGGCCAUAUCGGAAUUGGGGUUCUUGGGGUCAAGCACGGGCUCGAUAUCUGUUUUUCUGUAGGGGGGAUAGUCAGAGAGAAAAAGGUCAUAAUUUUUUUAUCUGGUGCUGGGCCUGCUACUGUUGCAUUGUUUUUGAAUAUGUGACUGUUGCCUGUUGCUUCUUGCGGUGUAUUCUUUUCACAGAAGGUUUUGCAGAUAGCAGAACUACUGGGAGUUCUUUGUUGUCUAUAAUAAAAAACCUGGGCUUCUCAACACCCACCCAAAUUCCUA